GGCUGACACAAUGCAGAAAGCAUUCGUGCCGCCCGGCCGAACCGGGGCCCAGCGGCCGCUCCCGCAUCGCCUGGAAAAAAAAGAAUGAACAACAAAAAAAAACCACCCCGAAGCAAACCUACAGCCGCUUCGCCCGUGGCCCUCCCCUCCUGUCCUCCUCCCGAACGCGUGAUAAGGGAAUGAAAGCCGCUGGAGUAGGACGGCGGUGUGCAUGGUGCUGUAGAACUGCUACCCAGGAUCACAGCUGAAGAUGCUGAGAUCUGCAACAAGGGAGCUUCUGGAGUAACAGUAAAUGAUGAAGUCAUAAAGGUUUUUAAUGACAUGAAAGUAAGGAAAUCUUCAACCCCAGAAGAGAUUAAAAAAAGAAAGAAAGCUGUUCUGUUCUGCUUAAGUGAUGACAAAAAACAAAUAAUUGUAGAAGAGACAAAGCAGAUAUUGGUCGGUGACAUUGGAGAUACCGUGGAAGACCCCUAUACAGCUUUUGUGAAGUUGCUACCAUUGAAUGAUUGCCGAUAUGCUUUGUAUGAUGCCACAUAUGAGACAAAGGAAUCUAAGAAAGAAGACCUGGUAUUUAUAUUCUGGGCUCCUGAAAGUGCACCUUUAAAAAGCAAGAUGAUCUACGCAAGCUCUAAAGAUGCCAUUAAAAAGAAAUUUACAGGUAUUAAGCAUGAGUGGCAAGUAAAUGGUUUGGAUGAUAUUAAGGACCGUUCAACACUUGGAGAGAAAUUGGGAGGCAACGUGGUAGUUUCACUUGAAGGAAAACCCUUAUAAAAAGACAGACAAGUGCCAUCUGGAUCUAAGGAGCUUCCAUUUCUGCAGCUCAUUCAAUUGGAAUAGUAUUAGUCUCCCUGUCCCCUUCCCUCCUCAAAAAAUAAGUCCCUUCCCUAAUGCCCCUGAAGGAGAUGUCAUUGUUAAGCAGUCUACCAGUGAUUGCCAUUAGACUGUUUAAUCCUGAUAGUUUUAUGUAGGAUCCAAGGAAUGCUUUCACGUCAUACUUUUAGCCAAAACUGACGGUGCAGGCAUUCCUUGCAACAUGUACAAUGAAUGUGAUAGUUAAUGUGAAUAGUCUAGCAGACAGCAAAGGGUAAGCUAAUUGAAUGCCUUGAAAGUAUUGUCCACUGGUCAGAUGGCAGACUCUAUACAGUAUUACUUAAAGUUGCACUUGAUUGCAGUUCCAUGAGGCUCUUGUGCAUUCAUACACCUCACCUGCCUUGACAAGCCUAUUUUUGUGACAUGGCAGCACACAACACUAUGCAUUUAAAGCACUUUUUUGUAAUAUGUUUGACCCGCCCCCCCAAAGGAAUGCCAAUUAAGUUGCUGUAACUGUGUCAUCAAAUUAUUGUAGUACCUCAGUUUCAUUCCUGUUACAUGCAUAUCUUUAUAAAUGAAGUAGCUGUUACGAUGCCUUUUGUUUUCUGUUGAAUGUACACUACUGAACAGGAGUAGAAGUUAUCUGUUUAUCAUGUGAGUCUUGAAACACUAAAGUUUUGUAAAACAUCAGUCAUGGUGGCAAUUUCUGUAUUAAAAAGAGCCUUAAAUGGAACAUUGUUUUUUGAGAUCAAAAACUGGCCACGUUGCAAUAAAACUUGUGGCUUAUUACAGAACGUUGCCUUGUUUUCAUUGGAAAAUAUAGUUUUAAAGUAUGUUUAACUUGAGCAUAUUUCAAAUAACUUCAGUGGAAAGUAUUGUAAAGAUAAACAAUCAUUGAUCUCAUCUUGAAUAAUGCAGGCUUUUCAUUCCUAAUUGUGAUUUAGACACUGCUUUACAAUACUUUGUGGCUCUGUUCUGAUCAUUCGAUAAAGGACCUGAUCCUAGUUUACCGUUGAAGAAGCUACCACUACUAGAGACCAUUAGUUCCAUGAGACACUUGUGUCAGAAAUGUAAAAAUACGAAGUAACUAACUACGAACUGUGUUUCAUACCUGAAUGUUCUUAAAGUUCUACAUGUCAGAGUAAAACCUUGCACGAAAUCUUACAGCUCGCUGCCUUUUUCUGUAAGGUGAUGUGUAAUGACAGUUUAUAUGAUAUGCAAAUAUGAGUCCGGUAAAUAAUUUUUGUUUCUGGCGUGUUGCAGCUAAGAUGGACUUGGUACAAGAAGUAGCCCAAGUGAACCAUUCUACUUGUUAGCUUCUAUGUAAAUAGAACUGGAAAGUGUUUGCCACUACCGAGGCUCGCAUUGGGGACGUGUUUUGGCUGGAAGCCAAAUAAUGCUCUCCUUAUAGAGAAUUUGAUCUGCUCUGUGUGAGCAAUCCUCCGUUAGCCAGAGCUAUUUAUGGCAAACACAUGCUUUUGUAUCUUGUCAUCGUUAUCCACAAAUGGCAAAACUGGACUUGAUUCUCCUGGUAUGCAUAAAGGAGCACUGUUAGGCAGCCACUCGCAGCUGAACUGUACAUGCUGCUAGAAGGAAUGCUCUUUAUUAUUACCUUGUUUUAAAAAGUUGAUAGAGUAGAACUGUGGAGCUUUAAAUAUUUAUGCCCUUUAUGUUCAGUCCAUAGCCCAUUUUCAACAAGGAAGUGGAUAAUCACCAACAUAUUUUUUUUCUUGGGUAUUUUUUUUUUUGAUUUUUCUUUUUAAUAGUUUCAAUAACCUAGUGAUACUGUGUUUAGGCUCUCUUGCCCUGUAGAACUUUAAGACUUCGUUUCAGGCUUCUGGCUGUCCCUAUUACUUGCACACCUCAUUGUGUUAGCUGUUCUAUGUAGACUAAACUUUACUAGAAUUUAACUAGAAAGGCAUGAUGACCACUGACUUACUAAGUGUAUUAUUGAGUCCUGGUUUUGUUCUACAAGACUCCUUUCAGGUACCUUUUUCAGGUUGAGAAGUAACUGAUGGUAUGCAUGUUGUCUAGAUUGAAAAAAAAUAAUCUUUUUAUUCCUCAAACUAGUCUCUUUAUUUCUGAUUAUUCACGUUGUGUGUAAAGCCCAGUUUAAAGUAAAGAUCUACUUUGUGCUUUAUGUUUGACUUGAGUUCAGUACAGUAUAGUGAAAUGAUCUUCUAAGUGAUUUUCACAAGGUAUAAAUGGUUUCUUUAGAAAAAGCCAAAACUGAAAAUGUUAGCUUUUAACAAACCAUUUGAAUUUAAUUUUAGACAGUAAACUUUUUUGAAGCAGUACUAUGUUGAAAUUUAUUGUUUGUCUCUGCUGCAAACAGUCUGGAAAAAUGUCUGUGGAUUCUAAGUUGAAUAUUAAAGCUUACUUUUUUUUUUUUUUUCACUAGCUUAGGUGUAUAUUCACUCAGUCCAAGUAGAUAUAAAAUUGAAGCACAAAUUGUAUUUAUUUAAGAUUCCUACCAAAACAAGUGUUGGAUCCAAAAGGAUCAGCCUGCCUUCAGUUUGUUCUUGAAAUGACUGACUGACUGAUGCGAGGUCCAAUUCAGAUGGCUUGCUUAAAAAAAAACAAAACCCAAUAAAGUGCUACAGAACUGUUACUGUUUGAAUUAUAAAACAAACGAGAGACAGCUGGCAUCUGUUCCAAAAUGGUUUGUCAGCUGUUGUUUUCUGUCAUUAUGCAAAAUGGUGAGGGCCUCAUUGUGAUUGAGAAGUGGAGGAAAAUCCUCUCAAGUUAAAUAUCUUCUGUGUAUCUCUGUUUAGAUGUGACUUCGGGAUAUCUUGGCUUCAGUUAUUUUAUUGAUGAAGAAAUGUGAAAUAAAAUUUUCAUGAGAAUAGCUUGUGCAGAAAUGGCAUUUUUCUUCUAAAAACCAGCAGUUGUUUUGUUUGAUUUGGUAAAUCCUGGAAGAGGUAUAGACAUACGGGUUUGAUUUCUCCAAAAAGGGAAAUCUGUCCAAGACUGGGGUGAGUAGGUGAGGUUUAUGCUUGUGGUGGUUUUAGAAAUGCAAAGCUUAAAUUUAUAUGGACUUGAGUGUAAGAAUCACUCCUAGUCAGAUCAUUGCAUGGAUUUUAAGUAUGUUGAGUUAAAACCCGAAGUGUUUCUCAAAGAGGAAAAAUCGUCUGCUGUACUGUUCCCUCAGAAUCAGUAAUGGGAUACAGCAAUUGCCACAAUUUGAUAAUAAGCUUUACUCUCUUAUGCCAAUUCCAGUGUAAACCAAAUUUUCAUGUCUGCUUAUUUUUUAUAAACUUCUGUAAGUUCCCCUUGGUUUGUGGUGACGAGUUAAUGAUUAUAGAGUGAAAACAUGGCACUAAUGGUGGAUGAAAGACCAUCAAUGUAGCACCUGUCUAUAAGUAUUGAAUUUCUUUGAAAUAUUUCUGAUUUUGAAAACCUGUUAUAAAUAAAAUUAAUUUAAAUGUCU